CUCAGUGGUUGACGACGGGGCCUGAAGCUGUGUGACAACAACGGCUUUUGGACUGUCAUAUGUUGGCUUUCAAAACAUAAUUUGACCUUGUUUGGAUUCAUAUGUAAGACAGGUCAGACAAAUGAAGUGACAAGCAGGAUAUGUCCUCGUUCCAGGUGGUGGGCUCUUCACCCACCAGUGGCAUUGGUGUCAUGGAAACAUCAAACUUUGCUCAUGUUAUCUUCCAGAACGUUAGGAAGAGCUUCCUGCCCCAGGAGGCACUGGAGUGUCGCUACACCCUCACCUCCUACAUCACCCCCAACCCCAAAGACUGGGUGGGCAUCUUUAAGGUGGGUUGGAACACAGCGAGGGAUUACUACACCUUCCUGUGGUCUCCUAUGCCGGAAAACGACCAACCUGGAAGCACCGGACACAGGGCUGUGGUGUUCCAAGGUACACUCACACACACACUGUACACUUACCCUCACACACACACACACACUGUACACACACUGGGGUGGCAGGUAGCCUCCUCUCCUUUCCUCUUCUCUCCCUUCCCCUCCCUUUCUUUCCUCUCUUCCCCCCUCACCUCCCCCUUCCUCUCUUCCCCUUUCCUCUCUUCCCCUCUCCCCUCCUGUGGUGAGCAGCAGCGUGUAGAGGAGGCGCAGCAGGAGCGCAGGGAGCUGUUGAAGAGAUUACAUCACCUUCAGAAGGAGAAACAGCAGCUGCAGGAGGAGCACAGGAGGCUGCACAGAGAGAGGGAGCAGGAGAGGGAGACCUGCUACCUUCUACACACGCACAACCAGGAGCUGCUGCGCUCCUCCCAGGGCCUGUCAGAGGAGAGGGAGGAGGUGAGGAGGAGACUGCAGGAGGCCACAGACCGGGUCAGACAGCUGGAGGAGGACCUACUGGGAGUCACACAGAGAGGACUGCAGAAAGAGACCGAACUGGACUGUCUGAGAGACAGGUUGAAGAAGCUGACAGCAGAAAGAGACAGUCUGGAGACUCAACUGAAGAACGACAAGGACGAGAGGGACCUCUACAAGGGCCACCUGCGCAGCACGGAGCUGGAGAACACUAAGCUGAGUGCAGAGCUGCAGAUGCUGAAGGCUGUGGAGCUCAACAGAGAGGUGACCAUCACUCAGUUCCAGGAAGAACUGGACAGGCUCCGAGCCUGCGUCACUCAGAAGGACCGCGUGGAGAAAGAGCUGCACACACACGCUGUCGACAAGGCUGAGAUGGGUUGUCUGAGGGAGCAGCUUCGCCAGUGUGAGGAGCAGCUCCAGGCGUCUCGCCAGCAGGCCGCCAUGUUGGCGUCGGAACUCCGUGACUCAGCGAAUGCCCGCGAUCGUACCAUGACCGAGCUGUACCGUGCCCGCCUAGAGGCCGACGCCCUCCGUGCCAGCCUGGCCGAUGCCCAGGCCGAAUGCCGGAGGAUGGAGACGCAGCUGGACCACAUGAGGACCACCUCCCAGCAGGAAGUGGGUGUGGGGACCUCCAGUGAGGGGGGAUGUGUGGUGUCUGAGGCGGAGGCUGAGCUACAGAGAGAAGUGGAGGAGCUGAAGCUGCGUCUCCACAUGGCCGCUGAGCACUACAAGGAGAAGUACAGGGAGUGUCAGCGGCUCCGUAGGCAGGUGGCCAAGAUCAGCGAGGCCCAGGGGGAGGUCAAGAGAAACGCUGCCACUGAGACGACACAGGAGCCACUGACACCCAGUCCAGAGUCACCUACAGCAGGCAAUCUGUCUGCAACUGUGCUGAGAGGAGACAGUGAGAGGCCGGUAGUCCCUAACCGGCGUGACAAAAACAAGGAACACACACACACUUACGCACAGACCAACACACACACCAACACAUUCUCCGGCAUGGAGACCAUGAGAGCUGGGGAGAAAGAGUGGAAGGGGCGGAAUAGGGAAGAGAUGGAAAGAGAAGUGAGUGGAGAGAUGGAAGGGAAAGAAGAUGGGAGUGUGGAAGAGGAGAGGAAGGAGGACAGGAGUGGAGGAGAGGAGAGGAAGGAGGACAGGAAGGAGAGCAUGAAGAUGGAGAGUUGGGUGGAGGUGGAGAAGGAGAGGAAGAGUGCUGAAGAGAUGGAUGAGAGGAGUGUGGAGGAUGAGGGGAAGACUGCGGAGGAGGUAGAGAAAGAACAGACUCGUUCGGUGGAGGAAGAGCUGGCGAGGAUGGAGGAGAAGUGGGCAGAGCAGUGUGCUAUCAACGAGACGCUUAAGCAGAGACUGGCCAAUGAGGAGGAGCGAUUCAGGAUCCAGAUGGUAGAGAGGGCCUUGCAGGUGACAGAGCUGAAGGAGAGUCUGGCUCAGGCCCUCAGAGAGAAGAAUCAACUCAAGGAGGAGCUGCAGCAGUGUCCGGGCCGACAGAGGGAGCAGGAGGCUGAUGGUCAGGUGUCAGAGGUCAAACAGCCUGUGUUGCUACGCUACCCACUCCUCUACCCCCAGGACCCCUCCCCACCCCCCCUGGUACCCCAGAGACCUGCAGAGCUGCAGUACGGGAACCCCUACUCCACCGACAACACUCGAGACGGGGCAGACGGCGCCCUGUCCCCAGAGCAGAUGCUCCGCCCCCCUCCUGAGGCCCCUGGUGCAUGUGCCCCUCCGGCCACCUCCCCGACCCCGUGUGCAGACUGGGAGAGAGAUGUGGUCUGCAUCCAGCCCUCCUCCUCACGAAGCAUGAGCCCCCCUGACGGACUGGAACACUCCCCCGAGGAGCCACGCAAUGUCGGUGAUGGGGAGCAGCCUGCCUGCAAUCAUCAGACCAGCAGCGGACUUACCGCCAACAGGGGCAGCUUCUGUUUCGACCCCAGUGGUGAAGUCCACAAGCGCUGUCCGUUGUGCGAGGUGAUCUUCCCGCCCCACUUUGAGCAGCACGUGGAGAGCCACUGGAAGGUGUGUCCCGUGUGCUCUGAGCAGUUCCCCCUCCACUGCCAUCAGCAGCUCUUCCAGAAGCACAUGCUCACACACUUUGACGGCCAUGUGCUAAACUUCGCCAACAUGGAGUAGCAGGGCAGAUGGGGGAGUGUGUGUGAAAGGGAAGGUUUGGAUUAAGGGAGGUAAAGAAGAAUAAAGGAACCUUUACUCAAAUGGGGGUCGAGAUGAUUUCAUUCAAGAAGGGAGAUUCCAAAUCAAGAUGAGAGAAAUCAUUGGGGGUAAAUUGAAAUGGAAUUAACUCCAGCCUUGGCCUCACACACUUCCACGAGAACAUGCUACAUUUAAAAACAUCAAGGAGUGUGUGUAUGACUUUCUACAAGGGGGAGUUUGUCAGUUUAGGGAAAUUACAACAACAACAAAAUGUUUUGCGUGAGGUUUCGUCCCAUGUUGAUGAUAUCAUCACUGGAUGUGUUUAGUAUCUGUAGGAUUCAUCUGCGUUAAUCAGCCAGUCAAUAGUACCUACUUUACAAGACUAAAUUUUCAGUUUCUACUCCCAGUGACUCUGUAGCCACAUGUAGAAACAGGUGACAUCCAGGGAUGUGAGGGAGAGUAGGAGCACGUUGCCCCUAGACACUAAUGGUCAGUUUUCCCCUCUAAUGGUUAAGGUUAGGAUUUGGUUUACCUGAACCUAGAUCUGUGGAAACUUCUGCUGUGGAGAGGGAGGGGGGGGGGUUAGGAUCUUGGGAGGAGAUAUGUGGUCUUGAAGCACCUCCAGCCCAAUGUAAUGUAAAGUAUGAGUCAAACUCUUUGUCAGCAAAAGACAUCAGACGGUUAAAAAAUAAUUAGUACUAUUGUUUGAAUUUGACUGCACUAAAAAUACUUUAUUAUUCUGAAUGUAUAUAUGUGUGUAUAACUGGGUGGUUCAAGCCCUGAAUGCUGAUUGGCUGACAGCUGUGCUAUAUUAGACCGUAUAACAAAACAUCUAUUUUUACUGCUCUAAUUGCGUUGAUAACCAGUUUAUAAUAGCAAUAAGGCACCUCAGGGGAUUGUGAUGUAUGACCAAUAUACCACGGCUAAGGGCUGUGUCCAGGCACUCCACGUUGCGUAUAAAUAACUGCCCUUAGUCGUGGUAUAUUGGCCAUGUACCACACCCCCUCGGGCCUUAUUGCUGAAAUAAAAAUAUAUAUAUGAGAAGUAGAACUAUUUCAAUUGCUGUUGUGACAAUGUACUCCCACGUGUUUUAGUCAUGACAGAUUGAUGUUUUACUUCCUGGUCUCCAUUCAUUGGAUAGGCUGACAUUCCGCUUCGGUUGAUUGGAGGGAAGGUAACUGGAAAUAUGAACGCUAUAGAAAACUACUGUACUCUUGGCUAUGGACUCUUUCACCGUGUUAAGAUUCUAACGAUUGCCAUCUUUACCUCCUUUGUUUGGGUCAAAGUAAGUUUCUUGUGCGCGUGUCUCUGAUUCCUGUCAUCUACUGUCAGUCUGAGAUUUUACUGUUCUUUCAAUGUGACCACAGUGCUGUACUUUUGGCUUCAAAAGUUGCACACGUGUGUCUGUCAUGUCCAAAUGCGGCCCUUUGAAAGUGUGUGUGUGUAGGUUUGUAUGUGAGCAUUAAAAAUAAAGUACGCUUGUCAAAUGG